UACACGCAUGCGCAAACUACAAUAACUUCCCUUUCCCUUACCCUGAAUGCCCGAAUAGUGAACCAUUCAGUAGCCGAACAUCAUCAUGUUUUCUGCCCUUAUUCGUGGUUCUGCGGCCGGAAUCAGGGGUUUAGCACAAACAGGAGCUCGGUCCACAGCUCCUUUGGCUUCCCGUUGCUACUCUCAUGCAAAAGCAGAGACAGAUGAGGAGUUUGAUGCCCGCUGGGUGACUUAUUUUAGCAAGCCCAACCUUGAUGACUGGGAACUUAGAAAAGGAGUGAACACUCUGAUUGGUUAUGACCUGGUCCCCGAACCUAAGAUCCUCGACUCUGCACUGAGAGCUUGCAGAAGGCUGAACGAUUUGGCCAGUGCAGUACGCAUUUUAGAGGCGGUUAAGGAUAAGUCUGGACCACAUAAAGAGAUCUAUCCAUACGUGAUUCAAGAGCUUCGCCCCACCCUUUUGGAACUAGGCAUCUCAACCCCAGAGGAACUGGGCAUCGAUAAAGCCUAAGCAGGUUUUGUGACGCAGCUGACAAGGUUGUUCAUUGCACUUCAGGUCUGCCUUGUUUUCUACAUGUUCAGCAUCUGUGAAGUUCUGUCUAAACGUUUUGAACUAAUAAACAGCAAUAUUUAA